AUGUUAGAGAAUAGCAAAUUACAGUUGGAAAAUAGUCAACAGGCCUUGGAAUAUUUAUCAAACCAUUUUCUAGAUAUUAACUUGUUCCCAGAGCAGUUCACAUCAACUAUUAUAGAAUAUUUUAAAGUGAUAACCAUAGAUGAAAAGGUGAAAAGAAGGAUUCUUCACAUAUGUGAUGAUUAUUUAUUGCAAAAUAGAAAUAGUACAGAUUUUGAUCUGGUUUUAUCACAAAGAGCGAAUGCAAUAAAACAGAUCAUAUCUAUUGAAGAUUCUAAUGGCACAAGCUUGUGGAAUAAUCUAAUAAUAUCAGAGAUCGAUAUACAAAGCUCAGAUAUUCAAAAGCUAAAUACUAAUGAUGAUAGACAAAUGUGUGAUACUCAGUUAUCAAAUUUGAUAAUAGAAGAGGUAGACGUAGCAGACUAUAUUGUAAUGUAA